AUGGUAUUCGUGAGAAGACGUGGUAUUGCGGCAUCAUCCGGCACCGGUGACGUGUUCUUGGAUCACGCCAGUGAUGGCGAAGUUCAAAGAGAAAAGAAAAGAGGGAAGAACCUUCGGUGUCAUACCUCGAAUGAUUGAAAGAUUCAUUUCAUUUUGGACAAACAUUCAGAGACAAAAUUUGGGCAGCUUAUCUUAUCGGGAAGCUCGAUAGACCUGCAUUAAUGAAGAACGUACGCGUGUGCUUUGUCGUUUUUCAGAACCUCGUGUGCUGCGCUAGCGACGUGCUGGAAGGAGGUCGAGGAGUGGUGCGCGUGGCUGUCACGGUCUCGGAGUUGCUCAGGUUCCAUCAGUCACGAUCCCCGUUGCAGACCACGUCGUCGUCGAACGUGCCGAAUCACGUGUCUGCUUAG